AUAAAUGUAUGAAAGUGAAGUGGUAUCAUACUUCAGUAUCAUACGUAGAAUACCUAUGUAUGAUACACAGGGUAUCAUACAUUCCCAACCCUGGAUAGGAUUGUGGAUCGGAUGAGUGACUGCGAUGACAAAAUUACUAGAGUGGCUAUCUUGUGCAACUGUAAUUUUUGGCGUGUGGUUUGCUACAAUUACAAGCAACUCUGUUCUUGUCAAGGAAUGGCGUGAAAUUAUACUUUUCCUUCCAAUUAUCUCCUUAUUUCUUUUUGGAUUAUAUGCAAUUACUGUUGUCUUGUUCAGGGUAUUCACUUUUAAUACCUGUGAAAGCGCAGCCAUCGAACUUCAACGACAAAUAGAAGAAGCUAAAAGGGAUCUUCAGAGCAAAGGUAUAAUAUUACAAGGGACUGAUGUUUCUUCAACUUCAUAAAACUUUUGUAAAUA